UGUUCUUCGCUUGAACCAUACAGACAAUAUCCACAAUGAAAUUCUUUGUGAUCUGUGCUCUCGCUGCCGUCGUCCUUCUGCAGUCUGCAUCUGGUUUCAAGCAGGUUGUCUAUGUGGUGCCAGUACCCACUACAACGACGGUGCCAGCAAGCACAUCCCCGUCGACCAGCACAUCGCCAUCGACCAGCACAUCGCCAUCGACUAGCACAUCUCCAUCGACCAGCACAUCCUCAUCGACCAGCACAGCCUCAUCGACCAGCACAGCCUCAUCGACCAGCACAUCCCCAUCAACCAGCACAUCGCCAUCGACCAGCACAUCCCCGUCGACCAGUACUUCUCCUUCGACCAGCACAUCUCCAUCGACCAGCACAUCCCCAUCGACCAGCACAUCCCCGUCGACCAGCACAUCCCCAUCGACCAGCACAUCCCCGUCGACCAGCACAACCAAUCCUACAACCGUGGUCCAUAAGAUAGUCUACUGCUCCUGGAAGAACAACUGGUGUCGUCCCACCUCCAACCCGAUUAGGAUUUGCAAGUGGGGCAUCUGCAAGCUGUAUGGAUAAAGAAGUCAGCAAUAAAUAAAACCAAAACCAUGUUUUAGCACAAA